AUGCUCGGUCAAUUUUUCCCAGCUAUUACGGCACCUUUGUUUUUGAAUUUGACCGCGCUAUUCGCCGCUCGUUGGUUCGCUCCACAACAACGUGAUAUUGCCACAGCCAUUGGUUCAAUGGCCAUGCCACUUGGUGGAGCCAUCGGUGCUCUUCUACCAUCCCUUAUUGUUACCGAUGGCAUAUCAUCUCAUUCAUUUUUGAUUCUGUUAACAAUUGAAGCUGCUUUCACCACAUUGACAAUGCUCUUAGUUGUAGCCAUAUUUCGAUCGGAGCCUCCAUCGCCACCAUCGCCUUCCGAGGAACAUCACCAAUCAAUUAAUGUCAAACAAGAUCUAGGCCAUAUGGCAUCACCAACUGAUCCUAAAGAUCUUUCUAAAUUACGUUCAGUUGCACCAAUAAAUAAUGAUCCUAAUGCUUCACCAGCAACAAUCUGGGAUAAAAGAAAAUAUAAUUUUUCUAUAUUAGUCGAAAUAUCAAAAAAUAGACCAAUAUGUGAAACACUUUGUUUAAAAGAAGCACUUAUUUUUGGUAAAUAA